AUGCCCAACGAAAUCCAUAAAUACUUCGAACGUAAAUCAACGGAAUGGAACAUUACUGAUUUUCUGGAGGAAUGUGGUGAAGAGGAUUUUCAAAAAAUGAUAGAUCAAUAUAUCAGAAGUCUCGAUACAAUUGCGAAUCUUGAGCAAGGGAAACGAAAAGCAAAAGCAGAGUUUCUUCUCACGAGCCUUGGGUGGGCACAGGAUAAUCCACCGGAUUUUAAGAAGGCAAGAGAAUGGAAUAGUCGUUCGCACCGGUUCCACAUCUACCAACCUGAGAUCAGUGGUAAUACGAUAAAUAACGGAACAAUCAAUGACGGAACUUUUUAUAAUGGAUUACCCAAGGAAACUGAUGAUAAUGAAGAAAGUGACGAAAUCGAUAAUUUCUUUCGAGGUCCGUCCGGAAAAAAUUCAACCAAUCUGAUUGAGAAACGGCAGAAGCCGAAUGAGUACAACGAAGCGGACAUUGAAGAGAGCGAGACCGCUUGUGAAUUACAAGAUAAUGCCGAUUCGGAUUUGGAUACACCGGAUCAUGAGGAUGCUAUUGACGAUCAAGAGGUGAGGGAUGCGACCAAUGAUAAAGUAGAAGAGGCGAAGGAAAACAAAAAAGGACCAUUUAUAAUGCGCGAACAAAAUCGAAUGGAGUUUGCGGAAUCUUAUAGGGCAAUGGACAAAAGUUAUAUGUGGAAGCUUUCAUCAGGGAGGUUUGUCGAAGAAGAGUUGCUUAAACUCGGAAAAAAUUUGGAGUUUGAACAUGCCAUUCAUUCCUUCAUCCUUGAUGUUGGAGACGAGCUAAUCAUGGAACAUUUCACUGAGAAAGAACUCGAGGAGAUAGAAGGCACAACUAUUCUGGAGGUACCUGAUAUUUCGGAUGAAGUUGACGAUUUUUUGACUAAAUUCCUUGGAAAGACAAACUUAAACGAAAUCCGACAGAUAAUAAAAGAAUCGAUGUUCGGUAAUAAUUACAACCGUGAGAAGCAUCAUGACGUAGACUACAUAUGUCUUGCUUUAUAUUCACUGGUGAGGGAAAUAGAAAACGGUAAUCUCAAGAACGCAAACCUAGAAAACUGGUAUAACUGUCAUGUAUGGAAUAUAAUAUUCGACCAAGCGUUUGGAGAUGUACAGGCAGUGGCUGUUGUCAGGGGGGAAAGUACGAGUGUGUCGACAGCAACGCGUAAAAAUAAAAAAGCUAAAAGGAAACCAGGGGAACGUCGGAAAAUUGGACGUAGAGGGGAUUGGAUACUCAGAACUGUAGGCAACGGUAACAAAGAUGAAUUUGGGGCGGGGGAGGCGGGCAAGGAUUGGACGGAUGAAUAUGGGACAAAGUAUCUCAAGGAAAUUGGCUUAAAACUUCCCAAAACGCUGAAAGAUAUGUUAAUGAAUUUAAUGGAAAGGGUAAAUUGGGACAAAGAUGUGCGCAAAAAUAUCCAGACCGUCGGAAUUAUACACGAAGGUCUUAUGAUGUCAUUGGUAUAUGCCGACAAUCCGAAAGGAUAUGUCUGCAGGUUUCGUCGUGGCGACCUUAUGGAAGUACCAGAUACGGCGGAAAAAUUUGAUUCAAUCUUGACAAUAUUGGCAUCUAUCCUAACUGCAAAGUCUGCAGUCCGAAUGACAAUAGAGAUGGCUCAAACAAAAAGACAGGCUGUCAAAUCAUCAUUUAAGGGUGCAGGGUACCGAAAGCGACCUCGAGAAGAUCACCACCAGAUGCCUGCAUGUUUAUCGACUCCGAAAAAAAUAAAAAUGUGUGCCAAAAUGAACGAUAAACGACCAUACCCAUCAUCACCGUGCCCUGGAUCUCCGAGUUCUGAUCCAUUAAUUUAA